GCUCCAAUUUGGAAUUUUUCUCCUGGAUUUCUAAUUUCAAUUUCUGAAGGAUACAAAUGUUGCUGGGAUCCACAUGUAUUGUAUAUAUAUUGCUGACUGGCAUCCAUUGUACCAGUGGGUUCGUACACACAUGGGGAUAUCAUCACGGAGUCAUGCCAAAGAGAUGGGGAGUCUUAUAUUCAACAUGCGAAGGUAAACAUCAGUCUCCCAUAGACAUACGCAAAAGAGAUGUGGUAUAUGACCAAAAUUUGCAGCUAUUCAAUUUAAAUGACCUAGAUAGAAUAGACGAUGUAAUGGCGAAAUUAGAAAAUAACGGACAUUCAGUUGUAGUCCAUUUAUCCGACAAAAGACUAAGGGUUACUGGAGGCAGCCUUCCAGGGGCAUAUAAUGUAUCUCAAUUUCACUUUCAUUGGGGAUCAGUCAACAGCCAAGGAUCAGAACAUAAAAUAAAUGGCAGACAUUCUUCAAUGGAGAUGCACCUUGUGAUGCAUUCUGACAAGUUUAAAAGUGUCAAAGAAGCCAUGAAUACCACAAACGGAUUGGCGGUCUUGGGAUUUUUCAUUGACGUCGGCGACUACAACGAUGAGUUUGAAUCCAUUAUACGUAAUCUGAGAAACAUUCAACACAAAAAUGAUAGUGUCAUAAUAAAAGCAUUGAGUUUGACAGAUUUAUUCCCACAAACUACAUACUAUUACAGAUAUUCUGGUAGUCUGACAACGCCACCAUGUUACGAGAGCGUCAUUUGGACUGUAUUCGUAAAUCACAUCUAUAUUUCACAAUACCAGUUAGACCAAUUCCAUAGUCUUGGGAAGAAUCAUUUUAAAGGAUCAGAGGAUCUGAUAAACAACUAUCGAAAUCCACAACCAUUAAAUGGUAGAAGAGUCACAACAAAUGUGCGGUUGUUAUACGGAGAAAGUUAACAGCAGAUGAAAGAAGCUAUUAAGACUUGGGUUAAUUUAUAAAAUCUCUGAUGUGUUCAAUUCGAGAUUAUUGUCAUAUGUUUUGUUAUACAAUUGAGAAAUAUUAUCCAUAUAAAUUUGUUUCACUGUUUCUAUUUUGAAAAAGCCUUAAACAAACAAAUAACCGUAACGUCGUGUCGCAUGUAUAAUAGAUCUUUUUCAUACAUUUUUCUUAUUGGUAUCUCAGGAAGUAUAAAUGCAACAUAAAUAAGAGUUUCCAUAUGAAGAUGCAGUGAAAAGAAUUCUACAUGCACACACACUUUCAUAAAUAUCAGAAAUACCAUCAAAUUUCGCAUCAAACGUGCUUUCAAAUAAAAAGAAAUCAUUUUAGUUUUAUAACGUUUCUUUUCAUUAUGCAAUGUUCAAACAGUCAAUUGUAGAGACGAUGAAAAACUUGCUGGUGUUUCAAUAAG